AUGAGUAAGAAGAUUUUUUUGUCCCAAGUUAAAUCGGACAACGCCCGCUUGUUUGACUUGUCUGAUGAGGAACUGGUCCGAUUGACAGUCAAGGAACUCAACCAGCUAGUCAAGGGGCUAAACCGAGAUCAAGUGUCACGGCUGAAGCAACGCCGGCGUACACUCAAGAAUCGUGGAUAUGCCGCCAAUUGCCGUGAGAAGAGAAUCUCUCAAAAGGAGGAGCUUGAAAUAGAGCGGGAGAAGCUCCGUGCCGAAGUCUACCGGCUCCAGCGGGAAAAUGAUGUUGUCAAGAUGGAACUUGAUUCACUGCGGCGCAAGUAUGAUGCUCUGCAAAGAUUAGUUCUCUCUCUCUCUCUGCUGGCCAAUGUCUUUCCUUUCUCUCUCUCUCUCUCUGCUGGCCAAUGUCUUUCCUUUCUCUCUCUCUCUCUCUCUGCUGGCCAAUGUCUUUCCUUUCUCUCUCUCUCUCUCUCUGCUGGCCAAUGUCUUUCCUUUCUCUCUCUCUCUCUCUGCUGGCCAAUCUCUUUCCUUUCUCUCUCUCUCUCUCUCUGCUGGCCAAUCUCUUUCCUUUUCUCUCUCUCUCUCUCUGCUGGCCAAUCUCUUUCCUUUUCUCUCUCUCUCUCUCUCUUUGCUGGCCAAUCUCCUUCCUCCCCUCUUCCCCCAUUUCCCUCUCUUGCACCCAAUCUUUUUCCCUAUCUCUACCUAUAA